AGUGGCAAAAGGAGGACUGGGAUGGACCAGGAUGCAGUGGAUGACUUUGGUGUCAUGGACGGCUAACCAAGCUGUAAGCACUCCACAGUACCUACUUCAGCUGCCUUCAUGACCAUUGAAACGAAUUGUUCUCAUCCGAAUUGUUCUCAUUUGCCCAUUUCACCAGAGGAAGUCUUCACAUGCUUGGGGAAGACCCCCCUCUAACUCACUGAUGGGUUUGAGGCCUGUUGGUUACCUGCUUUAGCCUGUCUACCAAACAGUUUACCAAGGUGUGGCCACUGUGCAUGCUACAGCUUCUUGGGGCCACAGGCCCAUUUGAAGGUCCCAAUUAUCACAUCGCCCCACGCUGGGUAUACAAUCUCACAAGCCUCUGGAUGGUCUUUGUGGUCAUCGCAUCAAUCUUCACCAAUGGGCUGGUGCUGGUGGCAACCAUGAAGUUCAAGAAAUUGCGCCACCCCCUGAACUGGAUCCUGGUGAACUUGGCUGUGGCUGACCUGGGAGAGACCAUCAUUGCUAGCACUAUCAGUGUCAUCAACCAGAUCUAUGGCUACUUCAUCCUGGGCCACCCGCUGUGUGUCCUGGAGGGCUACACUGUCUCUCUAUGUGGCAUCACAGGUCUCUGGUCCCUGGCCAUCAUUUCCUGGGAGAGGUGGGUGGUGGUGUGCAAGCCUUUUGGUAAUGUGAAGUUUGAUGCCAAGCUGGCCAUGGUAGGCAUCGUCUUCUCCUGGGUCUGGGCAGCUGUCUGGACUUCGCCACCCCUAUUUGGCUGGAGCAGGUACUGGCCUCAUGGGCUGAAGACUUCCUGUGGCCCUGACGUGUUUAGUGGCAGCUCCGACCCUGGCGUUCAGUCUUACAUGAUUGUCCUCAUGUCCACCUGUUGCAUCUUCCCUCUCAGCAUCAUCCUCCUCUGCUAUGUCCAAGUGUGGCUGGCCAUCCGGGCAGUUGCUAAGCAACAGAAGGAAUCGGAGUCUACCCAGAAGGCGGAGAGGGAAGUGUCCCGCAUGGUGGUGGUAAUGAUCCUUGCCUACUGCUUUUGCUGGGGGCCCUAUACCUUUUUCGCAUGCUUUGCAGCAGCCAACCCUGGCUACGCCUUCCACCCUUUGAUGGCAUCCUUGCCUGCCUACUUUGCCAAGAGUGCCACUAUCUACAACCCCAUCAUAUAUGUCUUCAUGAACCGGCAGUUCCGAACCUGCAUCCUACAGCUUUUUGGGAAGAAGGUGGAUGAUGGCUCUGAAGUUUCUAGCACCUCUAGGACAGAGGUCUCUUCUGUGUCCUCUGUGGCCCCUGCAUAAACUCCCCCCACUGCCUCCC